AUGGAACCUUCAACCUCUAUCAUAUCACAAGAUCACAUCAUCCAUGACGACUCCUCAGCCCCCAUCACAUCCAUGACACCGACUAGAAGACGAAAUAGAUCAGGUACCAACUCCCCCUCAGACGAACACAUAACACAAAGACCACGGAUUUCCUCUCCCCCUGAUAACUCUCCUGCACACUCAAAAGAACAUCCCAACCAACAGCUCCUCUCCCUAGACUGCUCUGACACGGAAGACGACCUUUCACAGGACAAUGAUGGCUUUACACUUGUACGCAGUAAGAAAAACAUGAAGAAAUCAACACAAAACACGGACACUUUUAACUUGCAAUCAGACACCGAAUUCCCACGACUGAGAUUCAAACCAAUACAAAAACCUGGAGAAACAGCUUACACCACAAUAAAAGCCAUUGAAGACAGACACAAGGACAUCGUUUUCCAGGCACGACCAACCCGGACAGGACAAUUCAUUCUGAUACCUAAAGACAAACAUGCCGAAGAAGUACUCAAGAAGGACGGACAUUGCAAGGCACUGGACCCAAACGACAGAAUACAGAAAGGACUCAUAUGCAGAUACCCAGUAAACCUCCCAAUCGACCCCAUAAAAGACCUCUCCUUUGUGUUAGACGCCACCCGGUGCACAAACAAAGCAGGAGAACCAACAAGAAAGGUUCUUGUGACUUUCCAAGGGGAAAGGCCUGCUGAAGUGAACAUACCAAUAUGGGGAAUCUUCCCCACUGAAGAAUUCACCCCUGAACCACUAAGGUGCUUUAGGUGUCAAAGAUUUGGACACCAUCAACGUGAAUGCGGCUACAAACACAUUUGUGGGAUUUGUAGUGGCAAGCACCCAACACAAGAGUGCUUAGAUCGGUACAAAAGGAAAGAGAGGACGACAGCAAAAUGCCCGAAUUGUAAAGGGCAGCAUCACGCCUGGCAUAAAGGCUGUCCGGAAAGACUAAAAAGGAUUUGGCGAAUGAAAGGCCAGAACCCCCAGACCACCACCAGAACGUGGCAGCAGCAACACAAACCUCCCCCACAACACACAUCAUACCCUCAACACCUACCACAACAAAACCCACCUACACAACAACAACACCCACAACAAACAUCACAUCCUCAGCGACCAACGGAAUACAACCCACCUCCACUACAGCAACAACAACCACAGCAACACAGACACCAAGAACCCAGAUAUAGGCAGCAGAAACCCCCCACCAAUCAGAGACGCAAUCCACCUACACAACAACCACAACAAGACCAACAACGGAACACAUACCACAGAGACCCCAGACAGACACAAAACCAAGACACAAACAACACACCCACACCUGCCUCAAACCCCAUGUCCUUCUACUCCACAUCAACUCGGAAAACACCCCUACUUCCCACCCCACCCAAUCACAUGAACACACCCCCCACCCCAACUCCACCCGUGACGGUAGUACCAGUGCCGAAAGUCAGCACAAACACCGUAGAGCAGUCACCAGAGAAACCCACCUACCGCCUCAGUAAAGACGACUUUAGGAGGGAAAUAGAGAAAAUUGUGAGGACAAUUUUUCAACAAUUGUUUCCAAACCUAAACCAUAACAGCUGA